AGCUUUCUCGUUCUCGUCUCAGAUCGUGUCACUAACAAACAACAUUUUUCCGGCGAAAAGCUCUCUGUUACUAACAACCAAAAAAUGGCGGAUCAAGCUAUGACUGAUCAAGAACAAGGAGCUGUUACUCUCUACAGCGGCGCAGCCAUUACCGACGCGAAGAAAAACCAUCCGUUUUCUGUUAAGGUUGGAUUAGCUCAAGUACUCCGUGGCGGCGCCAUUGUUGAGGUUUCUUCUGUUAACCAGGCUAAGAUCGCUGAGUCCGCCGGCGCAUGUUCUGUAAUCGUCUCAGAUCCGGUUCGAUCUCGCGGUGGUGUUCGUCGUAUGCCGGAUCCGGUUCUUAUCAAAGAGGUGAAACGAGCUGUGUCUGUACCUGUGAUGGGACGAGCUCGUGUUGGUCAUUUCGUUGAGGCUCAGAUCUUGGAAUCUCUUGCCGUUGAUUACAUUGACGAGAGCGAGAUUAUCUCUGUAGCUGACGAAGAUCAUUUCAUCAACAAACACAAUUUCCGAUCUCCGUUCAUUUGUGGUUGCCGUGAUACAGGAGAAGCUUUAAGGAGAAUCAGAGAAGGUGCUGCUAUGAUUAGGAUCCAAGGAGAUUUAACCGCAACAGGUAACAUUGCAGAGACUGUGAAGAACGUUAGGUCAUUGAUGGGUGAAGUUAGAGUCUUGAACAACAUGGAUGAUGAUGAGGUGUUCACGUUUGCUAAGAAGAUUUCAGCACCGUAUGAUCUUGUGGCUCAGACUAAGCAGAUGGGUAGGGUUCCGGUGGUUCAGUUCGCAUCAGGUGGGAUCACGACUCCUGCUGAUGCAGCUUUGAUGAUGCAGCUUGGUUGUGAUGGAGUUUUCGUUGGUUCUGAGGUUUUUGAUGGUCCUGAUCCGUUUAAGAAACUUAGGAGCAUUGUUCAAGCUGUUCAACAUUACAAUGAUCCUCAUGUGUUGGCUGAGAUGAGUUCUGGAUUGGAGAAUGCAAUGGAAAACUUAAGUGUUCGUGGUGACAGGAUUCAAGAUUUUGGCCAAGGAAGUGUUUGAUGGGAAGGUUUAAGUUACAAACUUUUUGGGACUUCUAAAGUCGUAAUCUUUUUUGGUUUGACUCUUAAUAUAUCGGUUGUUUUUUGUUAAUGCUGGUGCAUAAGAUCCUUUUGGUUUAAUCAAAGCUUGCAACAACUAAAACCUUAAUGAAUGUUGCAGAAUUUU